GCGGUUCCCGGCAGCACUUCCGGUGGCGGCGGGAGGCCGCUGAGGGCCCGGUGCGGCCUCGCCUCGCCCCCGCUCCCGGCCCGGGCCCAGGCCCCGCUCCCGGCCCCACCAUGCGGGGCCCUCCCGGCCCUCCCCGCCGCCUGCCCGCAGCCCCGCCGCCUCCUCCCGCUCCCCCGGCUGCGAUGUGACCGCCGCCGCCCGCAAUGGAGGCUCCCUACGAUGGCACCGAGGUAACCGUGGUGAUGGAGGAAAUAGAGGGCGCCUACACCUACGCGUCGCCCGUGCCUUCCAAGAAGAAGAAGAAAUACAAAAGCCCCGGUGAUCAUGGAGAAAAAGCCAAAAAGCCCAGAUCCGCUUACCUCUUGUACUACUAUGACAUUUACUUGAAAGUACAGCAAGAGCUGCCCCACCUCCCUCAAUCCGAAAUCAACAAAAAGAUCAGCGAGAGCUGGAGGCUGCUCAGCGUGGCUGAUAAAAGCUAUUAUUUGGAGAAAGCCAAGCUAGAGAAAGAGGGACUGGACCCGAACUCCAAGGUGUCCACUCAGACUGCAGUAGUUCCAGACAUUCCAGGUUUCCGUAAGAUUCGUCCUCGUUCAAAUGUUGUAAUUAUUCCCAAAACCACUCUUCAGGAGGACCGGAGCCGGCAGCCACUGGAACUGUGUGUGACGCAGGGUCAGGCAGCGCCCAAAGGCUUGACAGCUUCCCCCAAUAUCGCAAACGUCCCCCGUGAUGCUGUGCAGAACAUCCUUUCUGUGGACUCGAGCCACCUUGGCAUUUCCGAGCAGUGCAUCGCCAUCGAAGGACUGUCAGAAGAGACGGCUUCCUUUGCUCAGGCAGAGGCUGUGGAAGAAGUGGUGGCGUCGGAGGUUCUCUCUCACUACGUUGGGCCCGUGACAGAUAAAGUGGCUGGAGAUGUCCUCCUGGAUGAGGCUUCUUUGGAAGUAGAAGGGCAGCCCUACCAGACGACUCGGGUCGUUAUUGAAGAGACUCUAGUUAGCAGCUCCACGGACAUCUCCAAUGGGAGCAUCGCUGUGGCCCGUCCCCAGGUCUCAGAUGGUGUGUCUGUGGUGACCGUGGUGACCGGGAGGGAUACGGAAGAGAGCACCUCCUCCACACCUGCUACACAGUUCAUUAUGGUACCUUUACCAGCUCAUUCCGUUGUGGAGAACCCAACAUCAAUUAAAUUGACAACCACCUAUACUCGCAGGGGACACGGGAAUUGUACCAACCCUGGCUGCUCCUUCACUUAUGUCACCAGACAUAAGCCACCAAAAUGCCCAGCAUGUGGGAACUUCCUGGGAGGGAAAUGGAUCCCGAAGGAAAAGCAACCAAAAGUCAAAUCUGAGCCGAAUUCAGGCACUUCUCUGAAAACUCCAGCAACCAAAAGAGGUCAGCAGUCGGUGCUCACAGAACCGGCAGCUGUUUGUGAGAGCACCUCGAAGUCUGCCCUGGAAAGCUCUGAAGCGGUCAGCCAGCUGCUGAAUGCUGUGCCUGCUGGAGGGCAGAUGCAGGAGACGGAGUGGGAGGAAGUGAUCGUCUCUGAGGCUCACAUUCUUGCCAACAGUGUGCUUGCUGAAGACAGAGGGACUGCUGCAGGAGGAAGGGUUGGUCAAGAGAGCCAGCCACAAGGAGACUCUUCUACAGAGCAGGCAGAAAAAGACAGUGUAGGGCUGGGAGUGCCACCGUCUUCUGAGGUGCUGAGUCCAAAUACCUCUGCAAAAAAGCCAGUGGGAAUUGAUGCUCCAGCUGCUGCACACAAAGGGCAAGAAGUAAAGAGUAAACCAAGACCGAAGCCCUCCUUGCUGGCUGCAGCAAGGCCCAUGCGAGCAAUUCUGCCCGCACCAGCCAGCGUGGGGAGAGAAGCCAGCACUGAGCAGGCUAGCAAGAGACAGGCGUUUGCAAAUACUGACAAGCAUCCCCCUGUGAGAACGUCAGGCUUGAAGCCCAGUACGCUGAAACAAUUGGGUCAGGCAGUUCUGCAGCCACCAAGUGCUGAGGAGCAAAAGCUUCACAGCACUUUGCCCAACAGUGCAUCGCAGGUUAAAGUAGUGGAGGUCAAGCCAGAUGUGUUCCCUUCCUACAAGUACAGCUGCACUGUAACUUUGGAUUUGGGACUGGCAACGUCACGUGGCAGAGGGAAAUGCAAGAACCCCUCUUGUAGUUAUGUGUACACAAACAGGCACAAGCCACGAAUCUGUCCAAGCUGUGGCUACAAUCUUGCCAAAGACAGAGCUGAGAAAACAGCAAAAUCCCUGGAGGUCAGUCCAGGCCAGUCUGAUGUGCUGAACACCAGCGAGCCCUUAACCCCAUCCCAGAAAGAGAUCCAGCGCCAAUCCACCCUGCAGUUGCUGCGCAAAGUAAUGCAGAUCCCUGAGAAUGAAUCAGAACUGGCCGAGGUCUUCACGCUCAUCCACGAACUGAACAGCUCACGGCUCAUCCUGUCCAACGUGAGUGAGGAGACGGUCACCAUAGAGCAGACCUCCUGGUCAAACUACUAUGAGUCUCCAUCUGCGCAGUGCCUCCUCUGUAACAGCCCAUUGUUCAAAGGGGGACAGAAUUCUCUUGCUGGUCCUCAGGAGUGCUGGCUGCUGACAGCGAAUAGGUUACAGGUGGUUACAGCUCAGGUCAAAGUGUGCUUGAACCUGCAGUGUCUGGCCCUCCAUAGCUUCAUGGAUAUUUAUACAGGCCUUUUUAAUGUGGGCAACAAGUUGCUAGUGAGCCUGGAUCUUCUGUUUGCAAUCCGAAACCACAUUAAACUUGGAGAGGAUCCCGGAGUGGCUGUUGGCAAUAUUCUGAACUCCGUUCAGGAGCAAACUGAAAAAAGCCUGAGCUCUGAUGAGCAGGCUCAGCUCCAGGAACUGCUGUGCAAUGGCUACUGGGCCUUUGAGUGCCUCACUGUCCGGGAUUACAAUGACAUGAUCUGUGGAAUCUGUGGCAUAACCCCCAAGGUGGAGAUAGCCCAGAGGAAUGUGGAAAAUGUCCUGGCAUUGAAAAACAUAGAGUUUACUUGGCCAGAAUUCUUGGCAUCAAGUGAAGUGAAUGUGGAAGACUUCUGGUCCACAAUGGAGACAGAAGUGAUUGAGCAGGUGGCUUUUCCUUCUAGUAUCCCCAUCACAAAGUUUGAUGCCUCUAUUGUUGCUCCUUUCUUCCCUCCACUGAUGAGAGGAGCAGUGGUGGUCAAUUCUGAGAAGGACAAGAACCUGAAUGCGCAGCCAGUGCCAGGUAAUGGGAGUGCCUUGGUGAGGCUACUUCAGGAAGAAAACUUGAGGCUCGAGAUGAUAAACUCCUACAGCGAGGAAGAGCUGCAGAGCUUUUUGACACAGUGUGACAUCCCCUGGGAGGCUUCAGAUACAAAGAAACAGCUCUGUUACUCCCUCCUGGCUCUCUACAGCUUUGUCCAGAACGGGACAAGCAUCAAACAAGCUUCUGCUCAUCACACAGGAGGCAAAGUCUACAAAGUGUGCCCGCAUCAGGUUGUGUGUGGCUCAAAGUACAUAGUAAGAGGAGAAAGCGCACGGGAUCACGUGGACCUGUUGGUUUCCUCACGUCAUUGGCCUCCAGUGUAUGUUGUCGAUACGGCCUCUUCGGUGGCGCUGUGUGCAGACAUCUGCUAUCCUGACCUGGCUUCCCAGAUGUGGGGCAAAAACCAGGGCUGCUUCUCUGACCCUAUGGAUCCUCCAAUGUACGUGUCCUGCCCUGAGCUGUUAGACCAGCACUACAGCGUAGACAUGACUGUGGCUGAGCACUCCGUUCAGCACCCAAUCACCAAGUCAGCAGCACGCCGAAUUGUUCACGCCGGUUCGGAGCAGAACAGUCACCAAGAUCCAACAUCUCAGCACCACUGCAUCUCCCUGUGCCGGGAGCUGGAGCCUUACAGCGCCAUCAUUGCCGCCAUCAGUGACAGCAAAACUAGCAACGUCCGCCAAAGGCCCAUCACCUUUGAGAAUGCCACGCAUUAUUACCUCUACAACCGCCUCAUGGACUUCCUCACCAGCAGGGAAAUCGUGAAUCGGCAGAUCCAGGAGAUCGUGCAGAGCUGCCAGCCGGGGGAGGUGGUGAUUCGGGAUGCUCUCUACCGGCUCGGAGUGGCCCAGAUUAAAACAGAAACGGAAGAGGAUGAAGAAGAGAAGCAGGAGGAUGAUAAAGACAUUGCUGAGUAACGAAACAACUUGGUUUCUCUUUCUGGUUGUGUGGACGGGUGGGCUGGGCCAGCUUCUGCAAGGUUUGGGCAGCUGUCUGGCUUGAGAAUUUAUUUUUACAGGUUGGAGGUGUGAUACUGGUGGCUUUGACUGCUGUUAAUGACCAAAGAGCUGUGUGCUUCCAGUGUGUCACAAGUGCUGCUGUGAGUGGGUCUGCCAUGCUCCUUGCUGAAGGCUGCAGUUCCCUUCCAAGGUGUGCAGUGGACUCACUCUUCAGCUCUGUGAAAUGUCCUCCCUGCCGCUGGUGAGUGGAGAAGCAAGAGGUGUUUCUGGUAGCAGGGAGUACGCGUGGUCAAGCGCACAGGUUUCUUAAUUCUGAAUCUUGCUUGCUGAUUUCUUUGUGCAUAUUGGUGGCAGGGCUGGGGCUGUGGAAGCAGGCACGAAAGGCGGACAGCUAAGGAUUCUCCUCAAAAAGUUCAAAACAGAUGAAUUUAGGACACUGAUUCCUGCUUGGAAAUCCUGCAGAGCUCUCGUGUUGGCUGCUAAGAGUCCUUAGUUGAGGAGGAGGAGCCACCACGCAGCUUUAAGAUGCCCUCUAAGGGGAGCCUCUCUGGAGGCUGUCUUAUAUCCAGGAUGGUGAUUUGGCUGCAAGUUUCUGGAAUUAUUUGUUCCCUCACGUGAGCACUAAUAAUUUAGAAGCUGAAACACAUAGCGAGUGAAGGGUGUUCUGUGUGCUAAGGUAAGAGUUGAUCGGGUGAGCUAAUCGGGUGGUUAUGGAAACAGGAAGGAUAUUCACAUUUCUAUGCUGUCCUCCUGGACACUUUUAUUUUUUUAGUUUUGUUUUGUUUGAGGACUUGAAUUUCUGUUAUUCUCUUAGAACUGAAUCACAGAGACAGUUUGUGGGAUCAAGGAGAAGCAAUGAAUGCAGGGUCACCAGAGUGAGCAGAGCUCUGCAGUCCUCCCUUACAGGAGGCCCUGGGUGAGUUGCAUCCACGCGUGCAAUCGCAGCACUCUGUCAAGUGUCAUAUUUGCCCUGCCUGUGUCCACACAGCCCUUGUGGUUUAGAGGAGCCUCUUGCUGCCCAGGUUGCUUUCUCUGCUCCUACAGCAUGUCUAAAGAACACUUUAGGCUCUGGUUUUAAUGCUGCGCGUUGCCUGCUGUGAAGCUGUUGCAGGCAACAAAGCUGAAGAACACUUCUGCUGUAAUCUGGAGAGGAGGGGGAUGUUGGACUGCUAAAUUGCCAUCCAGGGAGUUUAUUUUGUCUGAGUGAGCAGUGGGGAAGAUUCAGAGGCUUGUGGUGUGGUUGAAAACUCCCUUCUGUGAAGGGGAACUUAUUGAGUACCGUACUGUAAAAGUAAAUGUAUUAAGUCUGAGCAAAUGCAGUAAUUACGGCUUGGGGUUUUUCUGUUAAGAAUAUUAACUUAUUAUAAGAGAUGUUAGUGACUUUUUCAGUCAGUGAUAAAAUUUAAUAAAUUAUCUCCAAUUUUGGGGGUGAAACUGUG